AUGGUUAGUAUGUCAAGUCUUUUUGGCGAGAUAUGUCAAUUAUUUUGUUGUCCCCCCCGACCUUCUCAUAUCGUGGCGAAAUUGGCAUUUCUACCGCCACCACCAACUUAUUCUAUCAUAUCAUCAGCGAAUGAUUCCACAUGUUGCAUUGAGUUCAAACCUGAAGCUGGUUGGCAAAUAUCCGAGGACAUAAAAUCCAAGUUAACGGUUUUCUAUACUUUGACAAAGCGUCAAUCUCGAAUUGUUUGUAUGCAUAUCCCAGCGAAUUCUGUUGUCUCACCUCAGUUCUCGUCAAAUAUAUCCUCUCGUCGUGGCCUUUCUGGUCAAUCAAGAAUGAGAAGUCCUGCACUUAGUGUUAGUUGUCCAACUCUUACAGACGAAGGUCGGUUCGGAUCAGUUCAACCUAACUCACCACAUCAACCAACUUAUACGGUAUUAUUCAGUCAUGGAAACGCAGUUGAUAUUGGUCAGAUGGCUGGAUUUCUUCAGUCACUAGCAUAUCGUUUCAGUGUAAAUAUCUUAUGCUAUGAUUAUUCAGGUUAUGGGGGAAGCUCUGGUCAACGGUUAGAAGAGAAUUUAUAUGCUGAUGCUGAUGCAGUAUUGAAUGAAUUACGUGAACGAUUUAAUGUGCCACUUAAUCGUAUUGUAUUAUAUGGACAGAGUAUUGGGACUGCUCCAACAGUUGAAUUAGCGACUAAAUAUAAAGUUGCUGGUGUAGUUCUUCAUUCACCAUUUAUGUCUGGUCUGCGCGUCGUCUGUCCUGGAACAACUAGACGUUUCUGUUUUGAUCCAUUCACGAACAUUGAUAAAGUAUCUCGGAUUCUUUCACCAACAUUAAUUAUACAUGGAACUGAUGAUGAGAUCAUUGGUAUAGAUCAUGGAAGAGAAUUGUAUUCUCGGCUUACUAAUCCUCUUGAACCAGCUUGGAUUGAAGGAGCAGGUCAUAAUGAUAUCGAAUUAUUUUCUGAAUAUGCAUCUCGUUUAGAUCGAUUUUUUAAUGAAGAUAUCAUUGAUACAGAGUAUAGUGGAAGUCCUUCAAAUAUAAUCUCUUCUGUAGAAGAAUCUCUUCAUGUUGAAGAAACUCCAGAUCUUAGUCAGCAGAUAUCAGAUCAUACGAAGUCUUUCACUGCGUUGAAGAAAAAUGGUAUUUCAAGUUCUCAAUCAUCAAAUUGUGGUAAUAUUUCUGAGGUUCCUGAUGGUGCUGCCAUGGAUACGGCGACAUCGAGUAUGUCUACGGACUCUACUUCAAGUGCAACAACUGUACAAAAACUUGAGUCCAUCACUGGUGAUGUCGCUGUAGGCAUUUAUAGUGACAAUAAGAAGAUUAACACAAACGAUGCAAAGUUAAUUACUUGUGGUUACUGUUCUGUGAGUAUUUUGAUUUUGGAUCAUAAACAUCUGAGGAGAAUGGAUGAAAUAGAUGGAUUUAUGUUAUUUUGCUACAAUGUAUAUUCUUUCUAAAAUCAAGUUUAUAAAUGGGAAAGGUUGUAUUGAAUGUCUAUGCUUGUUUAUAUGUGAUGACCAAAUUAUUAAGAAUUUUAUUUGACAAUGUUUCAAGUAUGACAAACUCAAACAUUAUUAAUCGUUUAUAUCAAUUGCAUUAAUCAUAAUCAAACGUAGAUCAUAGUACUGAUGUGUAUAAGCUCAAGUUUUCCUAUCAUAUUAAGAAAAUCAAAUCAAAUAGCAUAACAGUCAAAUGAUUGUAAUAACAAUAAUAAUGAUGAGAAUUCAAUAAAAAUCUGUUGCAUUCAGAACAACUUUUCUAAUCAUCGCAAUAGGUCAUUGUUUAUUGAUAUGUGGAUUAUGAUGAAUUUAAAGGCUUUUCAAACUAAGUAGUUGGCUUCCAUUUAUUGAGCUGUUGUGAUAAAUUUGUCAUUGCUCUGUGCUAUAGUACGAAUAAGUUAUUUAUGUAGGGUCAAGAUUAGGAUUGAAAUCAUGUGUGCAAAUGUACUUUUGGUGAUAGUUAUCUGGGUUAAUUGUAUAGCUCUUGUUGUCGUUCUGGACAACAUAAUCAACGUCCACUUUUUAAAGAGGAGCAUAAACCACUCAGCAAAAUUCCCUAUCGAACUCUGUUCUGGGUAAUCCUUUCCAGUUACUUCCAAUUCAAAAAGCAAUGUAUUCCUUGGUGUUCCUAUUUUCCUUUUCUCUUCAGGAUUCCAAGUUAGGACUUGCUUCGUGAUGCAGUUUGAUGACUCCCACAAUAUAUGUCCUAUCCACCUCUAGCGUCAUUUCCUAAUUUCAUAUUUAGCUGGAAGUUGGUUUGUUUUCUGUCACAGUAGGUUCUUACUGGUCGUAUUUGACCAACGGAUAUGGAGUAUCUUGCGUAGACAAUUGUUCAAAAAAAUUCCUACAUUUUGACGAUCGUGGUAGUAGUUCUCGAAGUUUCAGCUGCAUACAGUAGAACUGUCUUGACAUUCGUAUUGAUAUUGGUUGACAGUUGUUUUGAGUUCCAUAUGUUCUUCAACUGUAGGAAUGCUGCUCUUACUUUGUUAAUCUUGAUCUUCACAUCUGUAUCAGAUCUUCUCUGUUUAUCGACGAUGCUGCUCAUGUGUGUAUGUAUGUAUAGGUUUCCACCUCCAGAAUUUCUCCAUCAAGUGUGAUUGGAUUAGUGUUUUCCGUGUUGCAUUUGAGGACCUUACUUUUCCCCUUGUGAAUAUUGAGUCGUACUGCUGCAGAGCCUAGUACUACACUAGCUGUAUCCAUCUGCAUUUGUUGGUAUGUAUGUAUUGUAAGAGCUAGGUCAUCUGAGAAGUUCAAAUCGUCCAUUGUAUUCCGUGCUUCCUCUCAAAUAUGGAGGUUUUCAUAAUCUCACAACAACCACUAGGAGAAUAUAAUACUACCUAAAAUUUCCAAAUUAUUAUUAUUAUCAUCAGCUUUAUUCAAUAUUAUAUUUUUGUUACAAUAUAGAAUUCUCAGCGUAAAGUAUUUCAACAAGUUUCCAUUUUUUUCUUCUUGG